AUGGACUCUGCUGUACUUUCCUGCAAAGGUUGCACCUCCUGGCAGGAGACCCUGGCCACCGGGGUGGCGGUGGUGGUGGUGGUGCCGAGCCAAGAAACCAGCUCAGUCCCCAACACCUCCAUACGCUCACUGUUAGGCUACACGAAGCAUCUUACCUCUUCACAACUCACAAAUGAGCUGGUGCCACUCAUGGUUGAUGAAGGGGACAAAGUUCUCCUACUGGUUCACGAUCUGCCAGAGAAGCUUCAAGGCUUGGCCUGGCACAAAGGGGUACUUCCAUUUGGCCAUUUAAAGAUAGCAAACCAUGCUGUCUUUGCAGUCUUCACUAAGUCAAGCAUCCUGGAGCAUGCAUAUUAUGGCAGAGCAACAAUACGCACUGACGGUAGCCUGCUGUUCUGGAAUGUCACCCGGAAAGACACAGGACUCACACCCUAUGAACCAUAUCUGCAGACAUCUGCAGACUUGAAAUCAGAAUGGGUCAUUAUGCACUUCCAAGUGAACAGGAAGUGA